AGUUCAGAUCCAGUUAAAUCUAUUCACCGUAUAACCUCCAUAAAUUUCAUUCAAUAAAUUUCUUUAUAUAGUUUUAUUUAUUCUUACUAAUGAAACAUGAAUUUACCCGCGAAAAUAAAGAAAUUAGAUGAAGUUGUAGUAAAUAGAAUUGCAGCUGGUGAGAUCAUUCAGAGACCAGCAAAUGCAUUAAAAGAAUUAAUAGAAAAUAGCCUGGAUGCUAAAGCUACAAAUAUUCAGAUAAUAGUGAAAGAAGGAGGACUGAAAUUAUUACAGAUUCAAGAUAAUGGCACAGGUAUUAAGAAAGAUGAUAUGGAUAUUGUAUGCGAAAGAUUUACUACAAGCAAAUUACAAAAUUUUGAAGAUCUCAAAACGAUAUCAACAUUUGGAUUCCGUGGAGAAGCUUUAGCAAGUAUUAGUCACGUUGCACUUUUAACUAUAACAACUAAAACGUCUGAUGAGAAAUGUGCAUAUAGAGCGAUGUAUAUCAAUAGUAAAUUGAAAGAACAACCGAAACCAUGCGCUGGUAAUCAAGGUACAACGAUCACCAUUGAAAAUUUAUUUUACAAUGUAGCAACUCGGCGGAAAGCAUUGUCCAACUGGUCAGAAGAAUUUGGUAAAAUUACGGACGUAGUUAUAAAAUAUGCUAUACAUAAUCCUACAGUUGGAUUUACAUUAAAAAAACAUGGAGAGACAACGCCACAAGUUCGAACGACACAUAAUUCUACUAAAAUGAAUAAUAUAAGAAUAUUGUAUGGAAAUCCAGUGGCAAGAGAGUUGUUAGAAAUUGAAUUUCAAGAUGAUAGUUAUCAAUUUAAAAUGCAUGCGCUGAUAACAAAUCCAAAUUACACAAGUAAACGAAUGAUAUUUUUAUUAUUUAUUAAUAAUCGUCUUGUAGAAUCUACUCCAAUUAAAAAAAUGUUAGAGGAGAUGUAUGCGAUACAUCUGCCAAAAAAAACUCAUCCAUUUGUUUAUUUAUCCUUGGAAAUUAAUCCUAAUAAUGUUGAUGUUAAUGUACAUCCAACAAAACAUGAAGUUAGAUUUCUCCACGAAGACAUUAUAAUAGAAAAAGUUAAAUUGGCUUUGGAUGAAAAAUUAACCGGUGACAGUGCAUCAAGAACAUUUUAUAUGCAAGCACGUUUGCCAAAAGUUGAUGUCACUGAAAAAACUUUGAAAGAAAUUUUACCUGAAUUCGAGAAAAAUAAUUCAGGAAAACAGAAAAAAAUAUACGAUAAAGAAUUGAUUAGAACUGAUUCUGCUGAUCAAAAACUUGAUAAGUUCAAUUUUACCAUUCAUACUGCUAUGAAAAUAGCUAGAGAUAAUAAUUUAGAACAAAUAGAAGAAUCUAAUCUUCAAACUGAAAAGAUAUUGAAAUUAAAUAUAUCAAAUGAUACUAAAAAUAAUGCUGCUGCAAAUGAUAUUUCUGUAAAUGAAAAAGAAGUGAAUAUAUCAAAUAAAAAUGCAUUACACGAAAAACAUUUACAAAAUAAUGAAUCUGUACAUUUAAGUGCCAUCAUAGACCAAUCAACGCCAUCAAUCUUAUCUGAGCCAAUUGCAUCUACAUCUAAUAAUAAUAUUAAUCCAAAUUCUUUUAAGAAAGAAACAAUUUUAUUAAUGUCAGAAUCUGAAUCAGAUGAUUCAGGUAAUGAAGAACAAUAUGGAGUAAAUAAAUUUAAUGAAUCGGUUGCAAAAAAUGCACGUAAAAGAGUAUGUCAAUAUUUCGGUAAUAAAAGUAUUGAAGAUUUGGAAAGAGAACAGCCACCGAAAAAUCCAGUUACUAAUAUAAAAAAAGAAAAUAAUGAUAAUAAAAUAGAACAAUUUAAUAAACAAUGUACAAAAGAUAAAGUUGAUUGCGUAUCUCAACUAAACGUUGUUACCAAAGAAGAAGAUAAAUCGGUACGAGAAUUCAAAUCUUAUUCUAUAAACAAUUUUAGAAGAGAAGUAAAAUUAACUAGUGUGUUAAAAUUAAGGAAAGAAGUAGAAGAUAAUUGUCACCAAGGAUUGAGAGAAAUUUUAUCUAAUUUAAUAUUCGUUGGAUGCAUCGAUGAAAUAUCCGCGUUGGUACAAAGUGGCGUAAAUUUAUAUAUAUGCAAUACAAAAAAAUUAGCCGAGGAACUUUUCUACGAAAUUAUGCUGUAUGACUUUGCUAAUUAUGGCGUUAUGAAGUUCUCAGAUCCAAUAUCUUUAUAUGACUUAGCUAUGUUAGGAUUAGAAACCGAGGAAGCAGGAUGGACGGAAGAAGAUGGUCCAAAAGAAGAGCUAGCUAUAAGUGUAAAAGAAUUAUUAUUAGAAAAGGCAGAUAUGAUGAAAGAAUAUUUUUCUAUAGUCAUAGAUAAAAAAGGAAAUUUAAAAUCAUUACCAAUAAUAUUAGAUAAGUAUUUUCCAUUUGAAGGAGAUUUACCAAUGUAUAUUUUACGCUUAUCGACAGAGGUUGACUGGACUACUGAACAAGCAUGUUUCCAAAAUAUUUGCAGAGAAACAGCAAAAUACUACAGUGAAAUGAAUCCUAUUCAUAAUAUGCAUGACUGGAAAUAUGUUACAGAACAUAUUUUAUAUCCAGCAAUUAGAGAAAGUUUGUUACCUCCAAAACCUUUUGCCCAUGACUCAACUAUACUGCAAAUAGCCAGUUUACCUAAUUUAUAUAAAGUAUUUGAAAGAUGUUAAGAAAUAAAUUCUUUCAUACCAUAUUUUUUGUUACCUGUGAUAUUAGCCGUUAC